CUCAAAGAACCGAGCGAGGCAGAUAUAGAUGCUCGCGUGGCAGGGCGGCUCCAACAAGCGCCGUCGUUUCGCGCCAAAACAGCCGAACCGGCACCAGCAGGGGCCGAGCAGCUCGGGCAAUGACAGCAGCGGCUUCUUUCACCAGCAACCCUUUCACCAGCAGCCGGUCUCGGAUUACAACAGAGCAGCGGCGGCGGCCGCGGCUGGUGUUGAAGCAGCACUGAUGCCGUCUGCAGCACGAGCCGCUGCCGCUGCCGGAGCCGAAGCCCACUACGCGGCUGCCGCUGCAACACACGCAAACGCAAAUGCUCAUCAUGCAGCACUGCUGCAGCAGGAGGUGACUGCAGCGGCCGCGGUGGCCAGUCGUCGGCGCUGCCGCGAGCAGGCGCACCCGCGCUCGGCCGUCCCCACCGGCACUGCCGCAUCAGCUGCUGCGUUCCGCGGCGUGGACCUGGCGGGACUGCUGCUGCCACCGCCCCACCCCCAACACCCCCGGCACCACUACCACCAACAGCAACCGCCCCGCCACCAACAACAACAACAACAACAACAACAGGAGGCGACAGGAGCGCCACUGCCAGUGGCAGGGUGCGCGCCGGCAGGCCCCCACACGCGCAGUACCGCAGGGCCUUCCCCCGCCUCCAUGGCCCCUGCUCCCGCCACCCCCGCCGCCCCCGCCGCCGCCGCCGCCGCCGUGCUGUCAUCACUGGCGCCGGCCGCUGGUGCUGCUGCAACUGCCGCUGCUACCGCCGCGGCUGGUGCCGCUACUGCCAAGCGAGUGAUGCGGCAGUCCUUGGACGUGUGGGUGCUGCAGGGCGGCGGCGGCGGCGGCCAGUAGCUAGCUAGCACUGUCGCGAUGAUGCUGUGUAGGUGAUAAUGGGUGUGAAAGUGAUGGUGGGUGUGAAAGUGAUGGUGAUGGUGAUGGUGCUGUAAUGGUGAUGGUGAUGCAUGGUGACUGAAGAAAGAUGGUGAUGCGGCGUUCAUUGGCCCACCUGAUUGACACCGGCGGCCUGGGUACCGGUAAUACACUGUAAUACAGGCGGUUGGCCCCCUUGGGUGAGUAUGACAGGGGGUGGCUUAUCGCGUGAGCGGGUGAGUAUUUCAAGCGGUCCCUUCGCGGGUGAGUGAGUGAGCAUUGCAGGUGGUCCCUUCCCGGGUUCACGGGUCGCUCUGCUGACUGCAGUGAUGUUGUGAGUGCUGCGAUGUGUGUACUCAGCCAUCCCCUCGCUCUCACCGAGGGGUGCUCUCCGAUCGAGAUGGCGCAGCGGAAGCGUGCGGGGCUCAUAACCCCGAGGUCCCAGGAUCGAAACCUGGUCUCGAUAGCUCAGCUCACGAACGCUAUGAACUUCUGGGACAUGCGCAUCACAUAAGUGCGCACACGUGCAAUUCCUAUGCCUCAUCCUGAAGGUGGUGAGGUUGAGACGGCAUCCAGUUUUGCUUAUUGGAUCAGUGGGAUUCUAAAUGCUCCAUUGCUCCCUCGCCGCUGGGAGUGCCCUCUCACGUCGGGAGCUAGGUCAGGUUAGGCAUGACGUUAGGACUCAGGAGAGGAGGCGAGCACGCGGGAAUGGGUGUGUAUCACUGACCUCCUGCCUCGCCUAAUCCCGCCGCUGCCGUGGUAUGAUAAGCACCUCACGAAAGCACGACCGCCUUUGCUGCGUCCAGUGCACCCGCCACAAACGGUUUCUUGGCCCUGCUUGGCCCGUAGGUACGUAUGUAACGCCGUGCACUCUCCAUGGCAGUCAGCGCCGCCAGGGCCACUACGUCCCGCACGUACUGUACUGCUGCACGGGUGGGGUCCGGGCUGUCCAGCAACCAGACAUGGUGCCGUUGAAUUGAACAGCCCGCGUCAAUGCGGCCAGCGUUGAUGGUGUCUUUACUUCUUGCAAGCGCUCCACUACGCUCCGUUCCGUGCGGUGGGGGCAAGGGGCUAAUGCCAGAAACGGUGCAGCCGCGGCGGGGGUUGGGAUGGCUAGGCCGUUGACGCCGUUGACUGCUAGUCGCCACGCAGAACCCCCUUGUGAUGCCGUUCCCCUGGUUCCCAGCGCAAUUGCCGGAGUGAGUGAAGUGAAUGCCCAGAGAGUGAGUGCCCAGCCCAGCCCCUGACCACUCCCCUGACCGCUGUCCUGCGGUGUGAAUGCAACAAUCCAAUGCUGGCAUCCCCUCGCCCCUCGCUGAGGGAGAGCCCCCAUCGAGAUGGCGCAGCGGAAGCGUGCGGGGCUCAUAACCCCGAGGUCCCAGGAUCGAAACCUGGUCUCGAUAGAUUCGAAACGCAUGUAUUUUGACCCAAAUCCAAUAUCUGGUUAAAGACCCAUAUACCGGUUAUGGGAUAUGUCGGGCAAGGUUCGGAAGGGUCCUUACCUGUGGUGAGUGACACAGGGACGUGUCCGGUUUUGUUUGUCGGAUGGCUGGGAUCCUGAUCCUUCAUCCGCCGCUGGGAUUGUGGAGGCCCUAGAUGCGUUCAGGAUCGUGGACGGAGAGAUGUAACGUGCGGAGCCA